GUUUCAAAUUACUCGUCGUCUAGAAAAAUAGUCUUGGACACGUCAAACGCGGUAAAGAUACGAAUUCGAUCUCCCACCGGACGCGGCCCGGUCCAAUACCUUCGACCGUCCAGGCCUCUCCGAGCCCCUCGUCCCAAACGCCGACGCGUCAAAGCUCCUCCUUCGUGACCAGAUCGACGGUCGCCCCACCCUCAUCGCUCUUCCCCUCGGGCGCCGGCAGAUCCACGCGGGCGGCGACCCUCUUCGUCGGCGGUUCACCCUACCCGACGCUCGUCUCUUGCCAUGUCUACAAUGAAGGGACAGAUAAGGAGGGAGAGGCCUAGGACUCGUCCUCAUGGCCUCACGCAACAGAAGAGGCAGGAAAUAAAGGAAGCAUUUGAUCUUUUUGACACCGAUAACUCUGGAACCAUCGAUGCCAAGGAGCUGAAUGUUGCAAUGAGAGCCUUGGGGUUUGAGAUGACAGAAGAGCAAAUCAAUCAGAUGAUUGCUGAUGUUGACAAAGAUGGCAGUGGAUCGAUAGAUUAUGAGGAGUUUGAGCACAUGAUGACUGCCAAGAUUGGGGAGAGGGACACUAAAGAAGAGCUUACAAAAGCGUUCCGCAUUAUUGACCAAGAUAAAAAUGGGAAGAUUUCAGAUGUUGAUAUUCAGCGUAUUGCCAAAGAGUUGGGUGAAAAUUUCACUCUCCAAGAGAUCCAAGAAAUGGUUCAAGAGGCAGAUCAAAAUGGCGAUGGCGAGAUAGAUUUUGGCGAGUUUGCGAGGAUGAUGAAGAAGACCAGCUAUGGCUACUAGGCAGGGAUGGCAUCUGCGAGCGUCUGAAUCUUUGUGCAGUUGUUCAGUAACCACCGUGUGUUUGCCUGAUGUAUUUACUGUUCUGUUUCCUCCGAGUGAUCCUGUUGAACUCUGUGUACUUGUUAUGGUAACAUAAUAUUUCUGCAAUGGAGGUGUCCGACCGCACCGUCA